CUGUCAGCAGUCACGUCCGAUCAGUGCGCGUCGCCGCGGCAUAAUUGGAAGACGAGUGCGAACGAAUUGCCGAGGAUGUCGAACGCGACGGCCGGUUCCUCUCGCGUUGCGUGGCCCAGGAUCUACCUGUUCGGAGACACGUUGACGCAGUCUGCUUUCAACAUCGGUGGUUGGGGAUCAGUUAUCGCAGAGUGCUUUUCGAGGCGGUGCGAUGUGCUGGCUCGCGGCCUGUGCGGCUACAACACUCGGGCCUGGAGGCACGCGCUGCCCCUCGUGCUGGGUCCCGACGACGCCCGCAGCGUGGCCGCGCUCGUCCUGAUGCUGGGCACCAGCGACAGCGUCGACCCGCGCGACCCCGAGGCCACGCACGUCCCGCUGGACGAGUACGCCGACAACGUGGCCCACAUGCUCGACUACAUCAAGGCCUGCGGCAUUUCCUACGGCAAGAUAAUCCUCGUGACACCUCCCCCGAUUGAUGAGCAGCUGUGGUUGGCUCAUAGCAAGAGACGAGGCAGAAACGCAAUCCGAACCUCUGCGGCUGUCACCAAGUACGCGAAGGCUUGCGCCAUGGUCGGGUUGGGAAAAGGCGUCAAGGUUGUCGACGCGCAUUCAGAGUUUCUCAAUGAUGCACACUGGAGCCGGCUUCUGUCUGACGGCGUCAACCUGUCGCCGGCCGGGUCUCACAAGCUCACCGCUGUGCUCCUUCCCGUUCUCAGGGAAGUGGUUGGCGGCGCGCCCCGGCUGUUCCCGGACUUCUACGACCUCGAUCCCGACAAACCGGAGGACACAAUCUCGGCUUGGGCGUCCGAGACCUGCGGUUGCGCGCGUCUAUAGACCGCACGCUUGACAAACUCGCGUUCCGAAGUUCAUCGACGUCUUCGUUAUCGUCAAUCAAUCAAUAUUUAUAAAUUAUAUUUAUUAAAAAACACGUUUUGUUUGUAUAUAUCGAACA